AUGAGAUUUCCAGUGAUCGUAGCCCUCUUUUUGGUCCUUUGGCUAGGCUGCCUGUCGUCGACUUCGACUGCCGAUUGCUGCAAGCCCUCCAAGAUUCUAUACAAGCUGGCAGCGAAUGGCAAUAACGCCACAUGUGGCACAUACGGUGGCAAGUAUCAUGGCCAUGAGACCUGCGAGAAGAAAAUCUGUGGCAACGGCGAUGGCGUCAAGGGCACCUGGUGCGGCCGUGGCAGGUGUAAUCCGAGAGGCUGCCACUGCAGAAACGGCUGUCUGCCCGGCGAAGCUGUGUUCAGUUUCCGACAGAAGCAUGGCUAUAAUAACUUUGUCUAUGUGGGCUAUGCUUAG